GUGGUUGCUGUUAUGUUGGGGAUUGCGCCGGUAUUUCAGUAUUUCAGCCUUUAAGUGAAGUGUCAUCGCUCGGAUAUCUUCACAUGCGAUUCAAGCUGCUAUAAGAAAGUGUGAAAGUCAAUUUUAGACUUUCAGAGUUUAGGUUUCACGGAGUCUGACGUCGUCCUGGCGUGACGUUACGCUGCUCGUCUCGGACACCAGCGGGCUGAAGCUGAAGCUUUUGUGGUUUGCAGAGCCAAACCAUGAGCUCUAAGGUGUGUAAGCACUGCGGCAGCUCGGACAUCGAUGUUGACCAGGCGAGGGGCGAUGCGGUCUGCAUGGGCUGCGGCUCCGUGCUGGAAGACAACAUUAUUGUGUCUGAGGUGGAGUUUGUGGAGUCGGGCGGGGGCUCUCUGGCUGUCGGACAGUUUGUGUCUUCAGAAGGUGGAAAUAAGAAUCCAUCUUUUGGGGAUGGAUACUUCCCGGGUACUGGAUCUGAGUCCAGAGCUCAAACACUGCAGAGAGCAAAACAUCACAUUUACACCCUCGGUCACCAGCUACAGAUGAACCAGCACUGCUUGGACACGGCCUUCAACUUCUACAAGAUUGCCCUCAAUAAAAGCUUGACCCGUGGUCGCAAGGCCAUCCAUGUCAUUGCUGCCUGUAUCUACCUGGUCUGCCGCACAGAGGGAACCCCUCACAUGCUGCUGGAUCUCAGUGACAUUGUUCAGGUGAAUGUCUGGGUGCUGGGAAAAACCUUUCUCCUGCUGUCCAGAGAGCUUUGCAUCAAUGCUCCAGCUAUAGACCCAUGUCUGUAUAUUCCCCGUUUCACCCAAAUGCUGGAAUUUGGUGAGAAGAGUCGAGAGGUCUCCAUGACGGCUCUGCGGCUGGUUCAAAGGAUGAAGAGAGACUGGAUGCACACAGGAAGACGCCCUUCUGGACUCUGUGGAGCAGCUCUUCUUGUUGCUGCUCGUUUGCACGACUUUUGUCGCACCAUCAAAGAAAUAGUCAAUGUAGUGAAAGUCUGUGAGACGACACUAAGGAAGAGACUGACAGAAUUUGAGGACACGCCAACAAGUCAGCUGACCAUUGAGGAGUUUAUGAAGGUCGAUCUAGACCAAGAGUGUGACCCACCUUGCUUUACAGCUGGGCUGAAGAAGAAAAAAUCACAACAGCUGGAAUUGGAGCUGAAGAAAAAGAUAGAAGACUUUGAAGAUGAAAUCCAUGGGUACCAGGAUGAAAUCGAUUUAGAGCUGGAGAGCUGUAGACCCAAACUGAGAGGAGUUUAUGCUGCUUAUACAAAGGAAGAGUGUCUAAGUGAUGCCUUGAACUCGACAUCAUCUAAGGGGACGGAGGAAAUGACCGAGAGCAAUGAGCUCCUGGCUGUGGCUAAGCACUUCGGCAAGGAACUCCAUGAAAUCACCCUGGAAGCUCUAAUAAAACUUGAGAAGGAAGGUUCAGAGGAAGAUGAGAACCAACAGGAGAAUGAGAAUAUUCCAAAGCGAAAAGGCCCCACACUGGCUUCCAUACUGGGAAGAAUGUCCUCAUCAGCCACUCUGGGUCUCUCGGAGUCCAUUAGCAACUGUGCCGUAGAUGAUGUGGAGAAAGAUGACAUCACUGACAAUGGGGAGCUGGACCUGAGUGGCAUAGAUGACAGUGAGAUAGAUUUCUAUCUGCUGAGUGACAAUGAAGUCAAAAUCAAGACUGCGCUCUGGAUGGCAGAAAACUCAGAUUACCUAAAAGAACAAAAAGAAAAAGAAGCCAAGAUACAAAAAGAAAAGGAACUUGGGAUCUAUAAAGAAAAAAAGCCAAGAAGUCAAUCAAGAAGGAACACCACCAUUAGAGCCAAAACAGCUGAUGAGGCCAUUGAAAAGAUGUUGGAGCAGAAGAAAAUAUCAACCAAGAUCAACUAUGAUGUGUUAAAGGACCUUAAUGUAAAGCCUAGCCCCAGCCAAGCUAGUGAGGCAGAGUCACCAAAGCUGAAGCAGUCAGCCACCAGAACAGCUGGCUCCAACCGAAGGCCUGCUCCCACCCGAACCCCACUGAGCCUUAGCACGCCACUAAGCACUCUUGGAAAACGAUUGCAGCCAUUCAUUUCCAAACAGCCCAACAAGAAACUGGCUGUUGAGAAGACUGAAGCCACCAGCUCCCCAACAGUGACCGAAGUAGCCCAUCCCAGCGAAGUUGUUGUGGAACAUGGCCCCGUGAUCUAUGACGAUGUUGAAGAAGAGGAGGAUGAAGAGGAGCCCUGUGUUAGUGCUAUGGAGCUGCUUGGUGGUGACGGUUAUGGUUGUGAUGGAGAAUACGACGAUGGAUACUAGCAGCAUCCUUCAACCGUCUUUUCAUUCCCAACCGGCUCUGGACUCCAAAGUAGAUCCCACUGGAGGAAAUGUUCUCAGAUUUGUUCUCCUUUGUUCCAGUUGGGUGGAAAUGGGAACAAGCGAUAAGGUGGUGGCAGAGUGCUUUUUUGAGCAGUGCACUGGAUUGUUUCAGGUUGGACUUUUUCCUGCGGAACACAACCUUAAGGAAGGUCUUAUUCUAACAAAGCUAACCAAGUCAAAAACAUUAAAGGACCUCAUUAGGACCUUAGGUUUUAUUGCACACAAAACAGUUCAGUGAUUUCUCCUGACAGGUAAUGUUUUAAAGCUAUAAUUUUUUUCACUCACAAAGAUGUGUUUUUCUUCAGAUAGUUAUUCCCUUUGUUAGCAAGAUAAAACCAUCUCUUGAUAUGUUUAACAUGUUUAAAUGAAAAUAGAAUUUAAUUUAUGCUCUAUGUUGCUUACAGUAUCCAUUCAGAAGUUCUAAAAUUAGAAGAGGAAAAUACAUUAUUCUAUUUUCCUAAAAGGAGUUUAUUGAGGAAUGCAAUCCUUUUAGGUUUGGGGUUUAAUAUGAUUGUUAAUAUGGGUUUAAUGAUUGUGAUCAUGAGUCUACGUUGUACACUAAACACCCUAACUGGAUAAAAUAAAACAAUUUUUGUUUGGGA